AAUGUACCGUUAGAGCAAUACUGUACAUCUGUUGCUGGAUAGGAAUCGGCGAGCGUAAGAACCGAUCAUUAGACCGUAUACGCCGAAGAUGUCGCAAGAACCGUUACCCAAGUGGGUCACCUUCUCAACAGCUGGACUGGGAGGAAUAGGAGGAUGGAUUGUUGUACAUCCUUUCAACACUCUAGCAGUGCGUAUGAACCUUGCACAAAGUGCUGGAGGUAGGCAGUUGUCAUUCCCACAAUUUGUGCGGGAAGCUGUAAGGAAGAAUGGAUUUGGCUCCCUCUACAAUGGUCUCUCCGCUGGAAUCACCAGACAGAUUUUCUAUGCGACUUCUCGCUUUGGUCUCUUUGAAGUUUUUCGAGAUAAACUCGCACAAUACCGGGAAACGGAUGUGUGGUCGCGGCUAUUGGCGGCUGUCACAGCUGGAGGCUCGGCAGCUUUGAUCAGUGCUCCGGUCGAACUUUGUCUUGUUCGCAUGUCCAAUGACGCAACGUUGCCUGCUGCGCAGCGCCGGAACUACAGCGGUGUAAUCAAUGCAGCUGCUCGUAUCACAAAGGAAGAAGGCGUAGCGGCCUUCUGGCGAGGUUCUACUCCGUUCAUCACUCGCGCUAUGUUAGUAGGAGCCACUCAGGUUGCCACCUUCGAUUCUUGUAAGGACAUUUACAGAAACCUAGGUAUUACUGGGAGUCUGUCAAACGUGACUGCAUCGGCAUUUACUGCUGGUCUGAUCUAUUCGGUCAUCACCAUGCCUUUCGAGAGCGCUAAGAAUCGAAUGUGCUUUCAGAAACCGGAUCCUGCCACAGGAAAACUUUUAUACACAGGAACUAUUCAGACCAUAUCGAGCGUGGCCAAAGCGGAAGGAGCCCUAAGUCUAUGGGGCGGAUUUCUGCCAUACUUCGGAAGGUGUGGGGGGCAUACAGUGGCGAUGUUCGUAUUCGUCGAGGCACUGCGCAAGCAGUACUGGCUCGCCCAAGGAGCAAAGUAGUGUGAUAAGAAUCGAAUAGCCAUAGAAUAUAUAGAUUCGCUCUAGAUGUUUAAAUUAGGGUUUAGGAACAUAGCCUUCUAUAAAGGAGGUGAGAAGAGAAUAAAGUAGACUCGUUUGCCAUCAAUGGUGAUGAAUACAACUGGCUUGGGCUUCUGCGAUAUACUCUUCAGGAGUGUAUUGAAGGCUGAUCUGAAGGAACCUGGAUUUCGUAUCUAUAUAUUAUACUUACAAUUGUCAUUUGUUCCCCACAAAU